CACAAAUGACAAACCCACUGCAGAAAAUCUGGUUUUCGAUGGAAACCAUUUCCAGCCCAAUUUUACACACGCUCACCUUUUGCGGCCGCGCCACCGCCGGAGCCGCCGAUAGUACUCCGAAGCUGUUGUAUCUCAGCCAUGGCAACCACUUACGUUGUAAUUCUCAAUUCACUUGCCCAAAAAAAAUUCACUGUUUCAGUCCAAUUAACAACAGGCUGCGGUCUGAACGGCUCAUCGGCAAUGCCUCCACAAGAAACCCUACUGAGCGGAGCCCAUCUCAGAAUUUCUCAGUUCUUCUUGAAGUUGAAGGGGUUUUAAUGGAUGUGUAUCGAUUGGGCAAUCGCCAAGCUUUUAAUGUAGCUUUCAGGAAGCUGGGUUUGGACUGUGCAAAUUGGACCGAGCCCGUUUAUGUAGAUCUUGUAAGGAAAAGUGCCGGUGAUGAGGAAAGGAUGUUAGUUUUGUACUUUAACAGGAUUGGUUGGCCAACUGCUGUUGCAACAAAUGAGAAGGGGACUUUUAUGAAGAAUGUUCUUCGAGAGAAGAAAAAUGCAUUGGAUGAUCUUGUCAUGUCAGAAGCUCUUACGUUGAGACCCGGUGCUGAAGAGUUUAUUGACAAUGCUUUCGAACAAGGCAUCCCUGUAAUUAUCUUGACAGCAUAUGGUACAAGUGGGGAGAAGGUUGCAAGGUCAAUUGCGGAAAAGCUUGGAAGCGAGAGAAUGUCCAAGACAAAGAUUGUUGGAGAUGAAGAGGUGAAGCAAAGCUUUUACGGGCAACUUGUGUUUGGCAAAGGAGCUUUUUCCAGUUUGGACGAGCAGUUGGCAAAGGAAGUGAGCAAAGCAGCUUCUGCCGAGAGACAGAGGAUUGCUGAGGAGGUUGCUUCUAUGCUGAAGCUGAAAGUGGAGCUCAAUAACAAUUCAAGUGAAAGCUUGCAAAAUAUUGUAGCAGCACUAAGGGCAGGGGCAGAAUAUGCAGAAGUGCCGGUCGAAAAGUGUGUGUUGGUUGCCGGAAGCCAGUCUGGAGUUGCUGCUGCUGAGCGAAUUGGCAUGCCUUGUGUUGUCCUCCGGAGCAGUUCAACAUCAAGAGCCGAAUUCCCUUCUGCAGUUACCGUGAUGGAUGGGUUCGGUGGUGCUGACCUCACCAUUUCUCGACUUGGCCGAAAAUUCACGUCGUAAGUUUUGUGCCCAAUUAGUAAAAUAUUUGGAUGGCUUGAUUGGCCUUUUACCAUAGAGAAUUGUGAAUUUUGUAUUUUGUAAGUCUCUUUUACCAUAGAGAAUUGUGAAUUGUGCCCAGUUAGGCAUGCUAAUUUUUACCAU